UAUUUACAAGAGCUAUUUAUAGAUCUAUAUGUCUAUGACUAGAGCUCAUAAGAAACAAAAAUAGAUUUUAGAGGAAACGAGAAGGUAAACACUGUAACUUCACUUUCCAGAUGAAUCGUAGAAAAAAGUUACUUGAAAGAUGAAUUUUGCAUCCAAAUAUAUUUUGACAAACGAUGAAGAGGAGUAUGAAAGUGUUUCAGAGGAGGAGUUUGAGCAAGGAAUGCAUGUCAGUGAUUCUGGAUCUAGUUCUGAGGGAGAUGAAAUUCAGGCUUUGUCUACUUCUAAUGCCAGACAAUUGGAUUCUGACUCCAAGAAAAAAAAACAUAGGAGUCAUCACUGGAAAAAAGAACUCUCUGCAGAAGGGAAGAUAAAAUGCUCUCCUUUAAAAGACAAAAGUCCAAUGAGGCCAGUGUCUUCCAAGCGCAGAUUUCAAAGAGCGCACACCAAUGUUGUGUCUGUCAACUUUAGCAGUCUUCAGGCCCCAGGAAAUAUGCACGCUGGAGAACCUGUCAUUUGUAGCAAGUGUUCAGCUAUAUUGUCUCACAUUAGUUGCAUAGAUAAUGAGAAAAAGGUUUGGAAAUGUGAGUUUUGUGAAGAACUAAUACCUUUGGAUAUUGAGCCUGAAGAAGUUCCUACCACAGAGGAUGUAACUUAUUUACUAGAGCCAGCCAUGACAACAGCUGCAAGCACAAUGUCAGGGCUUGACCAGUCACUGGUCAUUUUCUGUGUUGAUACUUCUGGCAGCAUGUGUGUUACUACUGAGAUUUCAGGCUCAAUAAAGCUGCGAGGCACCAGCCAGCUCAAAAGAUUGCAUAGUUUCAUAGAAGCUGAUGAGAUAGACCAGCGCCUUCCCUCACAGCUUGGUCAUUCUGUGACCUACAUCUCGAGAUUGCAAGCCAUGCAGGCUGCUGUUGACCACCAGCUAGGUGAAAUGGCAAAGAAUCAUCCCAAUAGACGGGUGGCUUUAAUUACAUUUAACAAUGAAGUCACUAUAGUUGGAGAUGGCACUCAAAGGGAGGUAAUCAUCUCUGGAGACAAACUGACUAAUGAAGACAUGUUGAUAAAAAUUGGUACUGAGUUAUCUCUUCCUCAAGCUAUCAAAAGCAGCAGACAUAUUCUUGGAGAAAAAGUGUACAAUCUUGAAGAAGGUGGUGCUACUGCCUUGGGCCCUGCACUGAUUAUUGCAACCAAUUUAGCUGCUCAUCAUCCUGGUUCAAAGGUUAUUCUUUGCACUGAUGGCAAAGCUAAUGUUGGGCUGGGGAAACUAGAGGAGGAGAAUACAGAUGAACAAACGGCUUUUGAUUUCUACACUAAAGCUGCCGAACAUGCUUCAGCAAAAGGUGUUACAAUCUCAGUGAUUACUAUUCAAGGAACAGACUGCAAGCUGGUGCAGCUAGGUACAUUGGCUGACAAAACUGGUGGCCAGGUAAAUAUUGUGGAUCCUCUGAAGCUUACUGAAGAAUUUGGUAACAUUCUUGCUGACCCAAUCAUUGCCACCCGAGUCAAAGCCAAAUUCAUUCUACACAAUGAUCUGUACGUGGUAGAUGAAAAUGACCCCAACAGCCAGCUUAACAGAAGUGAAUACAACGCUGGCAAUGUCAGGUGUAGUUCAACAAUAACUUUUGAAUUUGCCAAAAGAAGUAAGAAAAAAAAAGUGACAAAGGUCUCAGAAGAAAAUUUAACAGAAAAAAAUGAGACUGCUGAAAAUGAAACGGCCUCUGAGCAAGUAAGCAAUGAAACCACAACUUCUAAAAGUAAUGAGAGCAGUUUAACCAAUCAUGAUUUACCAUUUCAACUUCAAAUAGAAUAUGUUGAUAUUGAGGGGAAUAAAGCAUUAAGAGUACUGACCCGCAAAAUGCCAUCAACAACAGACAGGAAAAUCACUGAAGACAAUGCUAAUUUGGAAGUGUUAGGAACCCAUGUGGCCAAGAAAUCUGCAGAUUUAGCCCUGAAAGGACACUUUUCUAAAUCUAGAGGUCUGGCAUUGAUGAAUCAGAGACUUGCCUGGCGAAGCAGUCAUAGCGAGAGUUCCUCCACAUUGGAUCGUGCCAAGUAUAAAACUAUCUACAGCAGAAUACAGAGCAUGGAGAAUUUUGUGCAAAGAAAACAAAUGCAAGAAAUCAGUGCUUUUGGUCGUACAAGAAGUGAUAGUGAACCCAGCGAUGAGGAAACAUCUCCAACACACCUUGCCUUACCAUCAUCAUCAUCAACUUCACCAUCACAAAAGAAACAGAAAAGAAGUGUGAAGAAAAAGCUACUUGAACGCUGCUUACAAAUGGAUGAUGGGAUGGCAAAUAUGAUGUACCGAUUACGGAGUGUGGAUGCUAGUGAGUUGAGUGCUCCUAUUCCUGACAGAUCAUCUUCCAAGUCUUCAAAAAGUCUAGAUGAAAACAGCAAAAGAAAAUAAAAGUUUAAAAUAUUUGCUUUUGUAUUCAAAUCUUGAUCUUCCUGUCAGGAUAAAAUAUUUGCUUUUCUAUUCAAAUCUCGAUCUUCCUGUCAGGAUAUCUAAAUAUAGAAAAAUGUAUCAUAUUGGCAAAAUUAUAAGAUUUUCUUACUAGUAUUUUUUUUUUAUUUUAAAAAUAUAUUUCUUAAAAAAAAUUGUUAAAAAAAAGCAUGUAAAUAAAAUGUUUAUAUUUUGACCUAUUUUUAUUGACAAUUGUUUCUAGUUAAAUUUUGUUUGAAAACUAAUUAUAUCAUGUACUUUGGUCAUUACUCUUUUUUCUCUCUGAAUUCUCAUUGUUGAUUUCAAAAUGGCAGUUAGCAAACAUAUUAACAAAACAAUGUUGAUGUAUUUAAGCAUUUAUUUUCUUUUUUCUUAGAGCUAUAAUUAGUUUCCAGGUUUAAAACAUUCUGUUCUUACAGUUGUCAAGCAUGUAUAACAAAUUCGAUUUUUAAUUUUUUUCUAUUGUAGUAAAAAUAUAAUGGUAACUGGUAUUUAAAAGUUUUACUUUCAACUAAAUUAUCAUUUUAAAAAAUAUAUUAGCUCAUGGACAUUUACAGUACCCUAUCAAAAUUAACCCUUAACUUUAUACUAAAUGAAUAGACAUAAAUCUGUGGCUUGUGAUUCUUUUGGUAGUGCAGAGUAAAAACAAUAUAUUUUUACUUAGUUCAAAAUAUUGUCGUUAAGCAUUGGCCAAAGAAAUAGAAGACCUUAAUAUCAUCUGCACUACAGAACACAAGGUCUGAAAGGGGAACUUUUAUUAAUUUCACCAAGCAAUCUGACUGGGCCUAACUACAGAUGUGUUUGUUUGCAUUUCCACUUAUUUUUUUAAUGAACUUGCAUAGUGCGCUUACCUUCUAGGCAAAACAAGUCAGUGCUUUAACUUCUUACAUGCAUUUUAUGUAAAUUUUGCAUUCAAUGUGUUGCUCAGUUAGCUGAAAAAUUUAUAUUUCCUUUGUGUACAGAGUUGGUGGUGCCACUCAAAUUUCAUUUGAUAAUAUUUUAUGAUUCACAACUUUGCUGCUUGAAGACAUUUUUAAUGGUCAAUUUUCUAUCGUCUUUAUUUCUCAGAUGUGAACUACAUCAUCAUUGAGCCUUGAAAACAAUUUUCAUAAGAAACUUUCAUUUUUUUCCCAUGUGAUUCUGAUUACAUUCUAUACACUCAAAACAAAUGUUCAAAUUGUGAUUGUAAUUGUGAUACUUGGCACAUAAUUUUUUUUUAUAUUUCUUUUAUUUGUACAUACAACCCUACGAAUCUGCUGCAAGCAUUUGAUAAAUUGUAUACUCUUAUUUAUAAAAGCAUUUUUUUGUCAUAAGCUAAACAUUUUCAUUAAUAAAUUAUUUAUGAAAUUGAA